UAAAAACGCGAUACAGUCACAAACAUAACAUAUGGAAUUUGAAGCCUUUUACUGAAUAUGUUGAAUUGAUUUUGGAAUUAGCAGUACAGUAAAACUUUUCAGAAAACAUUUUUAUAUCAGGUUUAAGCAAAGUGUUUAAUUACUUCUUUUAACAAGGGUACAAUCAGGAAUGAUUAAUUCUUACGAUUGAAAUCGAAACUGAUACAAUUUAAGAGGGCAUAGAUUUAUAUAAAUUAUAUUUCAAUUUGUGGCGCUCAUUGUCAUGGGCUUAAAUGGAAGCUCAGAAUCAGGCUGAUAUAAACGAGAUAAAAACAACAACAAAGUUCAUAUUAAAACGACUGGACACGUUAGUAGGAUGCGGAGAAGACUGCGAGUGUUCCUCGCAGGUUGAGCAACUAAGAAAAGCCGUUCAAGCCCUUGAAGAGCGAGUGAGCGCAUUACAACUCAAUGGCAUUCACCUCCAGAACGAGGAAACUGAUGAGCAAAGAUUUACUCAAAUUCAAAUCAGAAUUGACGAAUUAAGACAAUCGUUACUUUUGCUAGAUCAUAAGGACUCCAAACAAGGGAAAGUUGAGCAAACCAGCUCAAAAGAUGAAGAGCUGUCUCGGAGUUCAAACCGGGAUGCGACUGUUGCGUCCUUUCCCACAAAAAACGAUGAAGAUCAUAUGCAUAUUCGUGGUUACCCAGGAGAAGCUUCGGAUGGAGCAGUGUUUCAUGUCGGUGAAGCCGACACUUAUCCCCUAAACGAAACCGAAAGACUCACCGGGAGUGAAACUAUUGAACGAAACCAAUCCGAUAGAUCUACAAAGAAUGUUUCCAGAAGUCAAAUGACGGCAACAUCUAUAACAUCUAAUACAGGACCAAGCGUUAUUCGACAGAUUCAACAGGAUUUUGUGUAUGGACAUGGUGAUUAUUGGAAGUUUUUGGCAUCGCAACAGCAGAGUGAGGCCCAACAAAUGACAAAAGAUGAAGAAAGCAUUCGCACUGUUCUCUGUCUCGACAUAUCAGAGAGCAUGGCUUCUGGGAACGCCUGGUCGCAGGCCAAAACAUUUGUAAACGAUUUUCUCAAUGGGCUGAACAUGAUUUUGACCCAGUUUGGGCCCAUUGGGCUUAAACAGGAAUACGUGGGCCUGGCAACAUUUGGACAUGAUACGAAACAGCAACUUUUAGCAACCUCGAACUACACAGCUGUUAGAGACAAAAUAGAAAAUCUUCUACUUGGUGGACCCAGUCCAUUGUUCGCAGGCCUUUGGUUCAGCUUAGCAGGCGCCACAAGUUGCAGAGCCACUGAAAAAACAGAAUCGGGGGUCUUGCUUUGUCCAAGAAUUAUUGUAAUCACAGACGGCAAACCAACAGAAACUGGCUUGCGGGGCGGACCCGAUAUCCAAACCAAAGGAGACGAAACGCUUAUGCCAAUAUUGAGCGCUGUGCAGGAAAUCGAAGUCAUGGGAGCGUCGGUGUUUUUCGUCGGCGUCGGAGACUUCGACGAGGAGUUCUUAAAACUCGUUUCGGCAUCCGAAGGAAGGGAGAAGCUGUUUGGUUACCAAGAUGGACGGAGGUUGGCGAAGAGAACAUAUCUUUGUACGAAAACGAACUUGUUCGACGAUUCAUCUUUCAUACGGAGUGCCUCUGUGCUGUCGGAGGAAGAUAAUGAGGAUAUGCAAGACAUUCGAGUUGAAUCAAUGGCACGAUUAGGACAAAGGGAAGAAAUGAACAAUGCGGCUUAUUUUGAAAAUAAAAACGAAGCAUUUCCGGUCAUUGGUUCCCGAGUGCGCCGAGGUCCUGACUGGAUGUUCGAUAACCAGGACAACGCUGGACCUGGAACCGUCGUGGGGCACUCAGAAAAUGAUUUUAAAGUCUGGGUUACAUGGGAUUUCAAUAAAAUGACUGGCAUGUACAGAUACGGAAUGGGAGAAUACGAUGUGCUUAUCUCGGAUGAGCCGCGUGUGUUGAAAGCUGGAGAGAAAAUAGCAGUUGGCUGUCGAGUGAAACCAGGUAGGGACGCUGGAUCGAAAGAUGUAUCUGGUUCAAUUCAAGGUGUAGUAAUACGCAUGAACUCAAAGAAUGCACAUGUGCGUUGGGACAAUGGCAAACGUGGUGAUUACAGCUAUGGUGCAGAUGGACGAUAUGAAAUAGAGUUAUGCAAAUCAAACGGUCAAACAGGCGACGAUAACAGCAACUCCUCGACAUGGGGCUCAAGCACUAGGUCGAACAAAAAUAAAAACAAACAUGUGAGUUCAUGAAACAACACAGAUAAUGCGUGUAGUGUCUCAUUGAUAUGACGGUUCCUAGUCGUUGAUCCAUAUUUUAUUCCCUCGUGCAUUUUGUAAAAUACUUACUUAAUGCUUUGAUUUUUAAAACUAUUUUCUUUAAUCGUUACACAUUUUGAAUCUUUUUUAAUGUGUACAUGUGUACAAGGACGUUUAAACUGUAAGCGUUUGAACAUGUAACAGUAUAUUGCGUAUAUAGUGUGGGGAUUAAUCUCGCCAUAACCUAUAUUAAUAUGAUAAAAAUAAUACCACAUUUAUAUAGCGCCCUUUUCAUACAGUAUUGUGCGUUCAAAGGCGCUUAUAUAUAGUCCGAUUGUCUCGGCAUCAUAAUUUGGGUGUGUUACUAUGUAAGUAUGUAUGUAUAUUAUUUAGUUAAUUGAGCUAUUUCUAAAAAAAACACAAUAUCGAAAUUUUAGUUUUUGAUACGACGUUAAUGAAACUGUUGGUAAUAUACGAUUAAUACAAAUGCUCCAGUUAUAUUUAAAAGGUGUGUUCGUGGAGAUAAGUAUUAAAAUUGGAACAUUUUGUCAUAUAAUCAAUAUAUUAUUCUUCAAUUAUAUGGACUAUUUGUGUUUUGAUAUUGCUAUAUUGAGCAUGUUCUUUCAUUGAUCUUUGUGUUUAAAAUAAUGCCGUCAUAUGGUUUGCCCGAAACAGGAUUGUAUUACGUCAAGCAUUAUUUUGAUAUUGUUGAUGUAUCUCAUUUAGUUCGCAUAUAUUUGUGGUUCAAUUCUUUAAAUAAAUAAAAGUCGUAAUCGUGUAAAGUUAAUAAUUUUUUAAUCGUGAUAAACUUAAAUUUUUAUUUACUUUUGAACAAGUUCGCCUACGCUAUUAAUAGUUCACAUUUGUAACCAAACUAUGUUAUUUUGCCAUUUAAAACUAUUAUAGAUUAGUAUCAUAAUUAUUCUUAAUAAAAAUGCUGGACUAUG